GGCUAUAGGCCGGAGUGUUGGAACUUCUUGACUCGUUGCAGGCCAAUGUUCGGUGAAGGGCCAUGGAUUACAGCAAUACUCAACUAUGACGGCGGAGACGAGGUCAAGUUGAAGAUUAACGUGGAAGGAGCCAGGGAGGAGGGAAUGAGAGCUCACUCUAAGUUGCAAGCGGCGAUUACAGAGGUAAAAGACCGUGCGGAAAGGCGCUGCAGGAGGGACGGUGUGACGGCGAAGAUGCGAGUAACAGUCGCAUACCAUAAGGCCGAGACCUCAACGAACACAGUGAACCGAGAACAGGCACAUCUGGACAGAGACACAGGGGGAGAAAGCGAAAUGAGUGAGGCUGCUGACCGGGAAACCGAUGUCCAAUCCCGGAAAAGAGCGGACCAGGUUCGCAGGAACCAUCCUCAGAGUAGCGAUUACCUCUCUCUUCACCUUGCGCUGUCGGGUCGCGAUCUAAUGAGGACUGUUCAGCCUUGCGAUGAAGAGUGUGAGAGCGACUCAUGGUGUGAGGCUGCUUUCAGACAUCUGAAGCAUGCGUUGACACACCAUGAGAUCUUGAAACUUCCUGAUCCUGACAAGCCGCUUAUAGUUACCAUGAAUGCUAGCCAAUAUGGCAUAGGCGCCGUGCUCGUGCAGCAGGAGGGGCCAAAGUUGAGGCCAGUGGAGUACAUGUCCAAAAAGAUGCCCUCUUAGAAGUUGGCCAAGUCCAUCUAUGAGGAGUUGUAAGCGAUUUAUAAAGCGCUAACUCACUGGAGGCACUAUCUCCUUGGGAGGUUCUUCAUCGUCAGGACUGAUCAUCAGACCCUAAAGUGGAUGAGAGAACUCAACCUGUGCUCUCUGCUGCGCUGAAACGCUGGAUCGAAGUCAUUGAGUAGUAUGACUUCGAGCCCUAGUAUCUCAAACGUGAGUAGAACAAAGUUGCUGACGCGCU